CUUGGCUCACUUGGAUCAAACAGCAGUAGAUACUAAGAUAGAUCUGCGUCGUGCUACAACCCCCAUAUAGACAGACUAUUCGUGCACCUCCUCUGUAUGCCAAGCCUUCUAGACCGGCGAUACCAAACGCGAACCUCGCGUUCAAUAUCAGUAAUAUCAACCGGUGCAGUAACCACGUUUUUUGCAUGCCCAACUAUCCACUGCUCUGGUUUCUGUUAGGUAGACGUCCAAGCACCAGGAGGUGCCACUUGUGAUGUGCGAGAUGAUACCAGGAAACGAUUUCUGCGCGAUUGCUUAUAGAAUAAUGAUAUCGUCGGGAUCGAUUACAGAGGCGUUGGAGAUAGCAAGAGGCCUUAUGGACCCUAUCCUGACACCAUGCCAGGUCUCUACUCGCUCAAGCUCUGCCUGGAGCUUUAGUGUGAGUAAGCUUAUCACGGAUGUCGUGAGCGAUCUCAGUGGUCUUGUGGAGCUUUUAGAGAACCUUUUUGCCUUUGAUUGAUUCAUUCGAAAGCCGCUGAAGACCGACCUCAAAUGUUAUCCGCCUGUCAGUGAUCGCUUCUUGACUUCUUUGUACGGCUCCAAAUGUGUUCUGUCAAUU